AUGGAGACGACCGCUGAGACAGUGGUCCUUUCCCUGGAGUUUGCAGCAACUGAACUCGUUCUGCAGAGGUCUGUGGAGAUUGGGCCCUCCGUCGUCGAGGCUCCGCUGCUGGUCCUCUGUGCGAUGGACUUUGCACCAGAGCUGUUGGCUCCCCCUGCGCAGGCUCCGUCCGAGACCGUGAACUUUGCGGGCCGCGGCAAGGCCCUGCUCUUCGAGGCGGAGUCCAGCAAGGUGCGCCAGGUUCCGAGGAGGCCGUUCUGGGUACUCUUGGCCACAGCGCGGCAAGAGGACAAAGAGGACCGACUACAGGUGCACGCCUCCGUGUGCUUCGACUUGGCGCCAGAGGUCGCUCGUGCCUGUGCUCGCGGCAAAAGGAAAGGCCAAAGUCACGCUUUUCAUCGCACCUCUGCGGAGCUGGUUUCAACGUCGACCGCACAGGUCGUGGCAGUCCUUCAAUGCGCUAUCAGGGUCUCCUGUCUUCGUGGCAGCUUAGACGGGCAGGUGCCAAGCGGGCCAAGCGGGGACGAAGCCGAGGCAGCCGAGGCAGCCGAGUGCAAGGACAUCGAGGUGCGGAGCUCCCCGGUGCCGGUGCCACAAAGCGAAAGCGGUGGGUUUGGAGGAGCCGAAGUCGAACGGAAUCCUGGGCACGUGAAGGGCCCGGGCCUGGGCCCAGACGAGACCUGGUAUGCAGCGCCCAUCGAAAUUGGGACGCCGCAGGAGCCCACGAAACCUGCCGGAAACGGCGGUGAUCGAGAGGAAGCUGCUGAAAGCGCAGAUCCAGAGGCCCUCUCCGCCCUGACCUUGGCGCUCCCUGCUCAGCGUGCCGAAGCAUUGACUCCACCACACCGAUGCCUGCUGAUCGCAUGCGACCACGAAUCAGGAGAGACCUGGGUUACCGAACGACUUGUUUUGUAUGUCAGUGGCAGGGCUGAAGCCACCUUCAGCGACGGGUCUGCAGUCAUUCUGCAUCCGCCCAAUGCUGCGAAAGCAAGCUUCUUCACUUCCGAUGGUCGACGACAGCGCUUGCUGUCGACAUGCUCUCCGCAGUUUGGACGCGCAGAGGUGCGCGCCAAAAUCAUGGCGGCAGCAGCCGUGAGGGAUCAAUUCCACCCACAUCCAUCGUCGCUUGUUCCGGUGGAGUCACGUCGGAAAUGCUUUGAAAAGCUGCUGAAGCCGUCCGCGGCAGUGUGGCCGUCACACGCCCCUCAAUCCCGGGAGGACGGAAGUGUGGAGGUUUCGUCGUUGGAUGGCUCAGUACACCUGACCUUGGCCCCACAUGGAAGGACCUUCGUCGUCCAGUGGCUGCGGCCCAUUGCAGACUCUUCCAGCUCCCUUCAGCUUCAGGAAGUAAUGGCGAGCUCUGAAAACCCUGAAACUUGGCCGGACGGGACCUUCCUCUCGCGUAGCGAAGAUCGAGCUGCUGGCCUCCAUGACUGCGUCCAGCAAGUUCAGUGCUUCGCAGUUCAAGAGCCCGUGGAAGUUGCAUGGGUCUACCCCCUGCUGAUCUGUUUGCUUCGGCACCAGACAUGCGACGAGAGAGGCGAUCUCAUACGAGGUCUUGCGGAGACGUUGCAGCAGUGUCAGAUCUGCGGCACCGUUCUUGACAGUGGUCAUUGUGUGACGGUGCCGCUCCCCGCCGCCCAAAUCGGAGAUGGAGCUCAUUGUGGCAGCCACAGCGGCGACGACAUCUCUCCUGCUGCAUGUAUGGGUACAUUCGGUGAGGGCCCGGUCAUGCUGUCAUGGACGCCACAGUCAGCCAUACGACUGGGCCAUGCGGAGGCCAGUGUCGAGCUGUUAGAUUUGGGCUCAGAAGACUCCUCUCUGUGUCGGUCUGGGUAUCAGUGGGCUUUUCUGGAAUCCUCGCUAAGUGGUCGUUUCUGGAAGAUGGUAGCCUCAAACCUCGAGUGGCAGUUGCCCGAUGUCUUGUGCGUGGAUCUGCUUCCGCCCGGGCCAGGGGACUCUCCCUUCGCCUGCCGGCUGAUCGCCCUGGUAGAGGAGGCCUCGUUGUGGCUUCGCCAGAACAGCUCUGAGAGCGUAACGCGGGGCGCGGGAGUUGGGAUCUGCAGCGAUCCCCAGCGGCCUGGGCCGGGGCCGGGGCCGGGGCCGGGGUCUGGAGCUCCUGCGUGGCUGCACGAGGCGCAGCUGGAGGAAGGAGGCGCGUGCCUCACGGUCUUCCGCUCAUGUGAGCGGCGGCUUGUGCGGGUGCUCUUUGCAGAGGGAGCCCGCAUGGACUUCGAGCUGGAGCAGGGAGAGCUUUCUCCCGGCUCCAACUUCCGGCUCCUCACGAAACACGGAGAGCUGCUUCGAAGGCGCUUCGUGGAGCCCUUGGGCGCCGAGGCAGAAGUGGCACAGGCUCUGCGGCUGCUGAAAAAGCUCGAAACGAAGAUCCGUGGUGGUCCCCACGCUCACGCGGAGAUGCAAAGGGCGGCCCAGGCCGCGGCCCAGGCGGCGCUUCGGCGCACGCGGGUUUUCCUGAGCUCUCUGCCCACGCCCACAGAGUCGGAGGCGGAAAGGGCACAGUCAAAGGGGUCGUAUGCAAUGGUGUCGCACCCGAUUGGCACAGAUGCUUGGUGGGGAGCCGGCUCGCCUGACUUUGCGUCGCAGAUGACCCGCGAGCUGCUGGAGCUGAGUGAGACGGGGCAGAACGAGCAAAACUGGGGAAGGGAGAGGACACGCGAGUUUCUGAAAGCACUGCAGAUGCUUUUGGUGGUCCUCACAUGCCCUGCAACCUGCCUAAGUGCCAUCCAGGCGGACGCGUACAAGAAGUACGUGCUGCUGUGCCUUAAGGUGCAUGGCGAGGUCAAGCUGUUGCCCAUCUACACUUCGCAUAUCCUUGUGAGGUAUUCAAAAAGCCCGAGCUAUGUCCUCGACAUUGCAGAGGCCUUCAAGGCUUCAGACAUCGCCGCGUUGCAGAGGAUUGUCGAAGAGAAACAGCCGGCCAUCGAGGCAGAUCAGAAUCUGGGCCUGGUGAAGCAGGUGCUUUCCUCCAUGAGGCGACACAAGAUCCGAACUUUAACCAAGACGUAUCUGACGCUGUCGCUGGCAGAAAUAGCUGCCGAGGCUGGCAUCCAAGGCGAUCAUGCCGAGGCAGAAGCGAUCCUCUUCGACAUGAUCUCGGAGAACGAGAUCCAGGCCAGGAUCGACCAGCGCACCGGCAACGUGUCCUUCGAGGAUGCGGAGAACCUGGACAUGGACAUGAUGCAGACGCUCCAGGGGAAGCUGGGGCAGAUCAUGGAACUGUCGCAGAGGAUCAGCGGUUUCGAGCAAGAGGUAGUGACGAGCGAGUCCUACGUGCGGAAGACGAGCCUGCUGGACAUGUCUGCAGAACGCCAAGCGGGCGCCAUGUCCUACGACCUCAUGGACAUGUGA